AUGCAACCUGACGCAUAUCCGGAAAGGAUGAGCGCCACACAUUGCGUUCGUCCUGUGGUCUGUCCGUUUGGGGUACGCCACGCCUCCAGUGUGUUCAAAUUCGGACCCGAUUUGAAUCCCACACCGCUUUUAGUUCUUGGUGAGGCUUUUGUCCCGGGUACAGAUACAAAACACUUUUGCAAGCCCACCCAUGUGGUCGUACAACGUGAUGUCAAUUUGAUGAUCUUUUUCGCAUUUUGUAAGAAUCGAACACUGCGGCAAUUCAUACGUUUUGCCUUGAUCUUUUUGAAUAAUUCAGGUAAACCAGGAUACAAUUAUUUUGACUUCAAUUUGCCUCAUCAAAUGGCUCUGUCAGAGGAAUUAAAUUUGCUGUGUGUUGCUGAUCGCGAAAAUCAUCGUGUGUUGUGCUACAAUGUGCGACCGUCACGCCCUCAGGAUGAUGAACUGACAUACCUGUUUCACGCCAGCUUCGACAAAUUCAGUUCCGUUUAUGGUGUGGCCAUCGCACCGCGAGGUAAGUCUUAUUUUAACGUAUCAACCUGUUUUGAUUUACUAACGGUCGCGAUACUGCCAUGUCACAGUUGCACCACCCUUUUAUUCAAUAUGGAAUAA